AAAAGUAAAGUUGACAAGAUGAAGGAGUUGUUGCUGUUUGUGAUUGCGUUCGCGGUAAAAUCGGUGGCUGGUGAUGGGCAAGUGCCACCGACACCAACCACAUUUGAAGUGACCGUACUCGGGACCACAGUGUUGGACUUCUCAUGGGCGGCAGUAACUGGCGACUUUGACAACUACCUUAUCGUGGUUCACCAUGAUCCUGAAUCUACCGAUAUAGCUGAUCAGGUUCUUUUGCGUGUUGACAAAACCUUGACCAAGUACAGAUAUGUUUAUACGGUCCCAAUUAUUGAGCUGACAUUCUAUACUGAGAAGGGCACUGUAAGAAGUAGCAGAAUCACCAAUGGGCUUCCAACAUUGAUUGAAAUCACUGUUCCAACUCCAAUUAUAAUCAGUGAGUCAUCGAGCACUGUAAAAAUUACCUGGAUGGAAGCACCAGAUCCUACAUACGAUAUCGCAGAGUAUGAAGUCACAUUGCAGCAAACAGGGAGUACAGAUAUUCAGACGCAGCGGGUAGCGGCAGUAGCUGGAGCAACCCACACAUUUGAGAAUCUUCAGUCAGGCUCAGAGUAUACCAUCGUUAACAAAGGAUAUCACCCCGAGGGAAUCCUUAUUAAAACACCAGAUCCAAUCACUGGCGUCGUGUGGACCUUGCCACAUGAACCGUCGGACAGCAUUAUCUACCAGACCAGCAGUUCAACAGCCACGGUUCAGUGGACUGCUGCCAACCAACCCUUCUCGUACUACAGGAUGACCAUCACCCCAGCGAAUGGAGUGCCACAAGUUUACCAAAUUCAUAGGGACGAUACCAGUUUUAUGUUGGAUGACAUUAUGGCAGGAAUACAGUACAGCUACAGACUUGAGUCAGUUGUUGAUACACCAGGUUUUCUGGAUGGGACUGUAGAAAGUUUACCGUCGGAUAUUCGAAUUUCAGGAUCAUCAACCAACUUAAACCCCACGAUUGAGGCGAUUACAGAUCUUGGAAUGCACCUUAUAUGGGAUCCGAACACCAACAACCAACUGCAGAAGUACACCAUUACCGUUGUGGACACCAACGGAAACUCUGUAAUCAGUGAAGACAUUCCGCCUGGGGAGACAUCCUAUACCUUUCCAAACCUACCAGCCAGUGGAGCCAUUUAUGAGUACAUCCUGAAUGCUUACUUUGGUGGUGCCAGCACCUAUGCUGGGAGCGUUCAAGAACCUACAAAACUGCCUGUGAAUGUGAACUUAGAUGGCGUCACGUCAAGCACCGCGACCAUAACUUGGGCCAAGAAUAUAGUUCCUAACCCGGAGGGGUACAUGGUCAGUGUCAUCAGCAAUGAUGGGACUUACACUAGCUUCAUACCAGUUACUGUGGACGAGGCCGUUAGAGCGUAUACUAUUUACGGACUGCCUGCUGGGAAGACAUACCAAAUUGGUGUAGAUGCUGUUUUAAAUGGAAACCGAGUAGCAAUCGGCGCUAUCCAAGAUCGAGCCGUUCUAGGAAUUAAUGACUGUCCGGCCAUCGACCCUUGCAAUAAUGGGGAAUGUGUAGAUGGGACCACUCCGAGGGUCUAUACCUGUAACUGUCUACCUGGUUUCACCGGAUUGUACUGCAAUAAUCCUAUAAACCAAUGUGCAAGCAACCCGUGCCUGAAUCAAGGAGUCUGCACUGAUGGAAAUUUUCUUUACACAUGCGCCUGCAGAGAUGGGUUCAAUGGCAUCAAUUGUGAACUCACGAUUAACUUCUGUGACGGACACAACUGCGUGAAUGGAGCCUGUGUUAGUUCAGCCACUGGCUUUACCUGCAACUGUGUUGGCACUGACUUCACAGGAACUCGUUGUGAAACACGAAUUGACAAUUGCAUCACAGGCAUUUGUCAAAACGGCGGGACCUGUCGUGAUGAUUUGACUCGGCCGGGUCAAUACAUUUGUGCCUGUGUUGCAGGCUUCACUGGCACAAACUGCCAAACUAAUAUCGCUGAGUGUCUUAGCAAUCCGUGCCUAAACGGUGGCAUUUGCAUCGAUGAGGUGAAUCGAUAUAGGUGUGACUGUUCGGCUGUAGACUUCUCAGGAACUCAUUGUGAAACUCUAGAUAAGCCGACGAAUGGAAUCAACACGGUAUUGUUAGUUGCACUUAUCAUUGUUGGGUUGGUUGUCAUAACUGUUCUUCCGAUUUUAAUUAUUGUGUGCGUCAAGUUGAGGCAAGGACAGAUAGAUCCUCAAAGAGGGGAACAGGACCUCCCUGAUAUUGUGAGUGUACCCGCCAACAAUCCGUCUGUUGACUCUGGAGGAAUAACUAAUCCAGCCGAAUCACCGAUCGAACUACACCCAAUGACACAGCCUGUUAUCUCAGGAGGAAUGUCUAACCCAGCCCAACCACCAAUCGAUAAGUAUAUGACAGAAGAAGAAGUUAAAUAUGAGUACGCCGGUCUUCCAACUUGGGCAGUCAAGUGGUCCAUUUUGUGGACGAACGUGAUCUUGGAAGAAACAGUACUCGGUAGAGGCUACUUCGGAGAGGUUCGUCUUGGUGGCAUUAAGAUGGGUGGCAACAGAGUUACUAAAGCUGCAAUCAAAAUGCUCAUAGCUGGCGCAUCAGAGAAAAGCACUGCUGACUUUUGGAAGGAGUUCAAAACGAUGACAGUCAUCGGACCCCACCCCAAUGUCAUCAGUCUUUUGGGUGCUUGUAUAAACGCAGAAAAUCUCUACGUUGCGUUGGAGUACCUUCCUGGAAAUAAUCUCCACAAACAUCUUCUGGAAAAUGGCCCAAACCAGCAGAAAAGGAAACCUCUUACUCUGCUGCAACAGUUGAAAUUUAGUGUGGACGUUGCAAAAGGAAUGCAGCAUCUCUCUGAAGCAGGGAUAAUUCACCGUGAUUUGGCAGCUAGGAACAUACUUCUCGGAGAGGAGUUAGUCGCCAAGGUUUCUGAUUUUGGAUUGUCUCGCAGAGAACAUAUCUAUGUCCAAGUAUCGGAGGCGGCGAUUCCGAUUCGCUGGUUGUCCAUAGAAUCCCUGACGAGUCAGCUGUAUGUUUCCCAAAGUGACGUAUGGUCUUUUGGAAUCUUACUCUGGGAGAUUAUGACUUUCGGUGGGGUGCCCUACCAAUGUAUCCAUACGACCGGAGAACUGAUAAACAAGCUAAUGGGCGGAUACAGGAUGCCUCAACCUGAAGCCUGUCCGGACAAGAUUUACGAUCUGAUGUUGAAGUGUUGGAAUCGAGCACCAAACCUUCGCCCAAGUUUUAAAGUAAUCACCGAAGAACUGGACAAAAUAAGAGUCGCCCUUCAACCGCAUAUUUACGAGAACUCAGUUCUCUCCUAGAAUUUUUGCGCCACCGAACCGUAGUUUGAAGAUGACUUGAUACCUACACUGGGUAACUACACUGUCUGAUGUUAUACCAAUAAUGAAUAAGUGUCAACUAAGCCGCUUAGUGUUGAAAGAAAAUUUAAGUAAAGUGGAAUGAUUUGCCGAAGGAGUUUGUAUGGGGUGAAGGCGGCCAGGUUUUUCUAAGUUUGGUUUAAAACUCUCUGUUUCUGAAUUUCGAUAGUCAAAAAGUAUAAUAGGAAUUUACCUUAAUAUUACGCUAGCCUUUAUAUUGAACAAAAAUAAUUCGGGAUUGGAUAUUUUGGUAUAGUUGCCGGAAAACAUUUGUUUUGUUUGCACUUUGUUUAAGUGUUCAAGCAAUAAUUAAAUGUUGGUGUUUUGUUAAGGUGUUAAUUUGGGGGAUAUUUGUUGUUAUUUUAAAAAGGUUUAUUCUGCUGUGUAACCCGUUCUCAAACAAAAAUAUGUUGCUAAAGUGUUAUCACCUUAAAAAUGUGCUUGCAUUAUUAGACUUAAAAUGCGCUGGGGAAAAUCUAUCAAUAUGAUGAUGUCAAUCGGUGUAAAAUAAAAGUAUUUUAAAGUUUAUUGUUUCUAUAACCUUUUAAACUCCUUAAGUCCUGAACUACGUCGACGGCGGUUUGCGGAAGGACUUGCAAAGUCUACCCGUACCACGGACCUUCUCCCACCAACUAUAGAUAUUAGAGUCAUUAUUGCAGUGAGUCAUUAUUGCAGUGAGUCAUUAUUGCAGUGAGUCAUUAUUGCAGUGAGUCUGCGCAGUGCCAAUAAUAGCCUAUCAUCCAGCUGGGUUCCAGGACCGCUCGUGUCAGAAACAGUACUGAUCCGUAUUUUGUUAACUUACUAAAUAGGUAGUUGCUUCCGUUUGUGAGUUUUGUUGGUGGUUUAUUUAUGUCUCUUUGAUGUAGCUUCCAAUAGCGAUAUAUAUUUUUUAAAUGUAAACUGUAUAUUUUUAUAUGAAAAAUAUUUUUGUAUGUAAACUAUUUUUGUAUAAAAAAUUGUUUUUUUUUUUUUAAUCCUGUAAUUUGGCCACGAGUGUAAAGAACAAUAAACCAAACAAAAACAUCGGACAUUUUCAUCUUGCAUAUAGAUUAGAGGGCGCUAUCAGCUUACGAAUAUGGACCAUGUGAGAGGUCAUCAAUACAUUUGGGAAGAUCCGGCUAUCCGAUCGGGCUGGUAUCUGACCCUUAAGUGUGAAAUCGGGGCCAAUUUCAUAGCGCUGCUAAGCACAACAAUUUGCUUAGCAUGAAAUUUUGGCCUCGAUAAAAACAGAA